CUAUAUAAGGCUUCAAAAUCAAGAUAUUAUGUUAUAUACAACACAAACACAAUUCUAAGAUGGCUAUUACACAAAACAAACGUUUCUUACUAGUGACUAUUAUUCUCCUAUGCUUCAUCUCUAUCCAAGCUAGAGCAAGAAUACUGAAAGAAAAAAGCAAUGAUGUAGAGAGUAUUUCUCAUGAUAAAGAAGCAGAAGAUCAUGUGUUUAAGGCAAAAGAAGAAGAUCAUAAUAAUGGAGGUGAAGUAUUUGCAAUGGAUUAUACUCCAGCUAGAAGAAAGCCACCGAUUCAUAAUUGAAUUAUUGAUUAUUUGCAAUUUUGUGCAAGAAAUUAUUUAAGCUAGGAAAAUUUUGUUUGAUAUUUAAAUAUAUAUUGGUCUUGUGUAUAAAUAUAUAAAACGGUGUAAUUAUACAUGAUACACGGUAAUAAAAUACUUCGAUCUUCUCUUGUGGAGUGGAACUGAUUCUUCCAUUCCAUUGUAAUAAAAUCAUUUAUUUUCAUUUCA